AUCCCCGCUUUGCAGAGCACAGACGGGGACACCAAUCUAACCCUUGGUAAGAGCACACUGGAGCAAAACAAUGCCAAAGGCUCCUGGGUGACCUUGAGCCAGAGUACUGUGGUGCUGGGCACAGAUGGCAACACUUCUGUUCUUCCUGGCAGAGUGGAGGGGGUAAGUUGGCAGGAAGACGAUGUAGGGGAUGAAAAUAAAGCCCGAGGGAACUGGUCUAGCAAGCUGGAUUUCAUCCUCUCCAUGGUGGGUUAUGCAGUGGGGCUGGGCAAUGUCUGGAGGUUCCCGUACCUGGCCUUUAAGAAUGGGGGAGGUGCGUUCCUCAUCCCCUAUUUGAUGAUGCUGGCCCUGGCCGGGAUCCCCAUUUUCUUCCUGGAAGUCUCCCUGGGGCAGUUUGCUAGUCAGGGGCCCGUGUCAGUCUGGAAAGCCAUCCCCGCCUUACAAGGCUGCGGCAUUGCAAUGCUGAUCAUCUCCGUCUUGAUAGCCAUAUACUACAACAUUAUCCUCUGCUACACACUUUUCUACCUUUUCGCCUCCUUUGUACCUGUGCUACCUUGGGCUUCCUGUAACAACCCUUGGAACACGCCAGACUGUAAAGAUAAAAACAAACUUUUGUUAGAUUCCUGCAUUAUUGGUGACCACCCCAAAAUACAAAUCAAGAACUCUACUUUUUGUAUGAGUGCCUAUCCAAACUUGACUAUGGUUAACUUCACCAGUGAAGGAAACAAAACAUUUGUCAGUGGAAGUGAAGAAUACUUCAAAUACUUUGUAUUGAAGAUUUCAGCAGGGAUUGAAUAUCCUGGUGAGAUUAGAUGGCCCUUGGCACUGUCUCUUUUCCUAGCUUGGGUGAUUGUAUAUGCCUCCCUUGCUAAAGGAAUCAAGUCAUCAGGAAAAGUGGUGUACUUCACAGCUACGUUUCCUUAUGUGGUUCUCAUCAUCCUUCUUAUAAGAGGAGUAACUCUACCUGGAGCGGGAGAUGGAAUCUGGUACUUCAUCACACCAAAAUGGGAGAAGCUGAUUGAUGCUAUGGUUUGGAAAGAUGCUGCCACUCAGAUUUUCUUCUCCUUAUCUGCAGCAUGGGGAGGUCUAAUUACUCUCUCUUCUUACAACAAAUUCCAUAAUAAUUGCUACAGGGACACCUUGAUAGUCACAUGUACCAACAGUGCCACAAGUAUAUUUGCAGGCUUUGUCAUCUUCUCAGUGAUUGGCUUCAUGGCAAAUGAGCUCAAAGUGAACAUUGAAGCUGUGGCAGACCAAGGUCCUGGAAUUGCUUUUGUGGUUUAUCCAGAAGCCUUAACUAGGCUCCCCCUCUCUCCAUUCUGGGCUAUAAUAUUCUUUUUGAUGCUUCUGACACUUGGAUUGGACACUAUGUUUGCCACUAUCGAGACUAUAGUGACCUCCGUUUCGGAUGAGUUCCCCAAAUACUUACGUACGCACAAGGCACUGUUCACUCUUGGGUGCUGCGUCUCCUUUUUCAUCAUGGGAUUUCCUAUGAUCACUCAGGGUGGAAUGUAUAUGUUACAGCUUGUGGACACCUAUGCAGCUUCUUAUUCUCUUGUCAUCAUUGCCAUCUUUGAGCUUGUUGGAGUUUCCUACAUAUAUGGAUUGCAGAGAUUUUGUGAAGACAUAGAGAUGAUGAUUGGAUUCCAGCCAAGUAAAUUCUGGAGAGUCUGUUGGGCAUUUGUGACCCCAACUAUUUUAACAUUUAUUCUUUGCUUCAGUUUUUACCAAUGGGAGCCAAUGACGUAUGGAGCUUACCACUAUCCAGGCUGGUCCAUGGUGCUUGGAUGGCUGAUGCUGGCCUGCUCAGUUAUCUGGAUCCCAGUUAUGUUUGUGAUAAAAAUGCAUCUAGCCCCAGGCAAAUUUAUUGAGCGGCUCAAGCUGGUGUGCUCUCCACAGCCUGACUGGGGUCCGUUUUUGGCCAAGCACCGUGGUGAACGUUACAUGAAUAUGAUUGAUCCACUGGGAACCUCCUCCCUGGGACUUAAACUGCCAGUGAAGGAUAUAGAACUGGGGACCCAAUGCUAA